GAUUUUCAGUUUGGACCUUCGGACUGAGAACAAGAAGCUUGGGAUUGUUCUGCUGUGGGUGUCAAUUGACUGGAAUAUUCCCCCAGAAGUUCAGGAUCUGGCUGACUGCUACCUGCUGGAGGACCUCCUGCAGAACGAGAGAAAUCCAAGUGUGUGAGUAAUAUGAGGAAACCUUUGACUGUGCUCGAUCCUGGAUUAAGACUGCUGGGCUUCCAUUGUGUUUAGGCCUGGGAGCAACAUGCUAACAAACCGGUAAGCCACUGUGGCCUGUCAGACCCCUGCCCUCGUAGCCACCAGCAUCAGUGACCCAGCUUUGGCGGGGAUUCCAGACUUCCAAUCUGCCUGACAACCUCGGCCAAAAAAACCAUGGAUUUCAAGCCACCCAUGAGAAGUCAAGAUAUGAUAGCUUACUCCUGCUCUGAUCCCCUUCUGGGUCCCAGCACGGGCCGCAACUGGCAACACUAUCAGGGCAUCAGAAGAAAGCUGCGGCCCGGUCGGAUUCUGGGUUUCAUCAUCAGCCUGGUGGCUGUUUGCACAGUUUGCUCAAUGAGUGCCUUGUCGCUGGCCACAGCAGUGGCAUCUGAGCUGGAAUCGGCUGGUCAGGACGCAGGAGACGCAGCGUUGCCCCAGAGAACUCUUCUGCAGCACCACAACCUCUCGGCCGCCCCAGAAGACACGCCAGUGGCCAUGAAGUCUUCUGACAUUGAGAUGAAUCAGGGGGACUACCCGACGGACUUAUUCAGUGUGGAGGAGAGGCGCCAGGGCUAUGUGGUCCUUCAUAUGUUUGGAAUGUUGUACAUGUUCAUAGCCUUAGCCAUCGUUUGCGAUGAGUUCUUCGUCCCUGCGCUCACCGUCAUCACAGAGAAGCUGGAGAUCUCCGACGACGUGGCAGGAGCCACCUUUAUGGCCGCGGGUGGCUCGGCCCCAGAGCUUUUUACCUCUGUCAUAGGAGUGUUCGUCUCCCACAGUAAUGUGGGGAUUGGUACCAUCGUGGGCUCAGCCGUCUUCAACAUCCUGUUUGUGAUAGGGAUGUGUGCCCUGUUCUCCAAGGAGGUGCUGAACCUCACCUGGUGGCCUCUGUUCAGAGACGUCUCUUUCUACAUAAUCGGGUUGCUCAUGCUCAUCUACUUCUUUCUGGAUAAUGAAAUCACGCUGGGAGAAAGCAUCGGCCUACUGUCAUGCUAUAUUUGUUAUGUGACAUUCAUGAAGUUCAAUUCCACUGUAGAACUUCUCAUCAAGAGCAAGCUGGGCGGCAACCAAGUGGAUGAGCUGGAGAAUGCACCAAAGGCAAACGGAGAUGAUGAGAACAGGCUGACAGCCAAACCCAAGCUGCAGAGAGAAGGAAGCUGUGCUUCUCUCCACAACUCACUGAUGAGAAACAGUAUCUUCCAGCUCAUGAUACACACACUGGACCCCCUCAGUGAUGAAGGACAAUUCAGGGAGAAGGCAUCGAUCCUACACAAGAUGGCCAAGCAGAAGUGUAAAGAUGAAGCUGCCAAUGCCAACGGUGUAGCUGAUAGAAAAAUUCCCAAUAGUUCAAAGGUUGCAGUCGAAGUCACACCCCCCAUGAAUGGUGUUGCUGGGGGAGAGCAGGGUGGUGAGGACGACGACGAUGAUGAAAACCAGCCUCUGAGUCUGGCCUGGCCUGACACCCCCAGGAAACAAAUCACUUACCUCGUCAUCCUGCCCAUUGUCUUCCCUUUGUGGCUGACGCUGCCUGAUGUCAGGAGAGAGAGCGCAGAAAGGUUCUUCCCCAUCGCUUUCAUUGGGUCAAUCUGUUGGAUAGCUUUCUUCUCCUACCUGAUGGUGUGGUGGGCUCACCAGGUCGGAGAGACUUUCUGGAUCACAGAAGAAAUUAUGGGUUUGACCAUUUUGGCAGCUGGAACCUCAAUCCCUGACCUGAUCACCAGUGUGAUCGUGGCACGAAAAGGGCUCGGCGACAUGGCUGUGUCCAGCUCAGUGGGCUCCAACAUCUUCGAUAUAACCGUGGGCCUGCCAUUCCCAUGGCUCAUCUAUAACAUCAUCAAUGACUUUAAGCCAGUGGAGGUCAGCAGCAACGGCCUGUUCUGUGCCAUCGUCCUCCUCUUCCUUAUGCUCCUCUUUGUCAUCAUCUCCAUUGCGGCUUGUAAGUGGAGGAUGAGUAAACUUCUGGGCCUUCUCAUGUUCCUGCUCUACUUUGUCUUCCUCAUUGUCAGCGUCAUGCUUGAGGACAAAAUCAUUGUGUGCCCCGUCACCAUUUGAGAGCAGGGCUUCUGCUGACCGAAUGAAAGAUUUUACUUCUGAUAGGAGUGCAGUAACACUCUCACAUACACAGAAACUGAUUUUCAUGCACCCAGUAUAUACUGUAUUGCAAACACGCGCGCGCACACACACACACAUACAUACAUACACUCACAGGUUGUCGAUGUUGGUUAAGCAGGAGUUGUGAUGUACGUCAACCUUGCCAGUGACGCCAGUGCAUCACAGCUAUUGAACAGUGGCAUACAGGCCUUUUCUGUAUAACAGAUUUUAGGCCAGAUUUUCUCGGUACCCUGUGUAUACUUCGUAUUGUCACUUCUGAGUCACCCUGUUGGAAUCAACCAAUGGGCAUCCAGAGAUGGAAACUCAAGGCUAUAAGAAACCUUUUUGUGUUGCUAAAGGAUUUCAUGGUAGCAUAAGAAGCAUGUCCCUCACACAUGCAACCAAGUUAUGUGUAACCAUGUAACUUAGAAAUGUUCAAAGAGUCAAAGAGGCAUUGUGUUGCUUAAAAAAAAACUCUGGCAUUGAGAAAAAUGGGAAUCUGUUCAUGGACAAAUUCUAAUGGAAGAUACAACAUGAAAUUGGAAUAGCUGCUCCAGAGACCUUCGGGAUUUAUCUGUGUGCAUUCCAGCAGGACUGAUUGUGCAAUUUCAGACACAGUAGAAUAUUCAAUAGUAACAGUUUGGGUGUUACUUUGAUUUCAGACUGAGGUCAAAGUUUUUUGGAAGAAAUAGAUAUUUUAACAUUGAACUAAUUCAUGUUAAUGAAAUGCAGAGUACAUCUACGUAGUUUAACUGGCUAUGGUGAUCAUUAUGUCUAAACAUAUAUAUACCACAUAUCUUAUUUGGAUUCUUCAUGUACUGUAAUGAGCUAGUGAGCAAGACAUUAUCUGUUCUGGCUGCCUUUACAUCUGCCACUUUACAAAGGGAUAACAUACAUUUCCUGAAUUUGCUUUAAAGACAAAAGACUGUUUUUUCUGUUUUGCUGUUUCUAUUUGACAUAGGGUAUCCCCAAAUUGAAUGUGUUUAUUUUUAAAAGGAAGUAUUUGAUGUCAAAAGUAUCAUCAACUGUUUCUGUCACAUUUUUUACUUUUGACUUCUCAUACUUGUUUUUUUUAAAUUCACAUAUGAUAACCAGGCAUAUUGUUGCUCUUAUUGUGGCUCUGGCACCACUCUGAUUAUUGACAUGGCUUAAAAAAAAAUGAAGAGGUAUUCUGACCAGCAUAAGCACACACUUCAUCAGGAACAGAAACAAAACAUUAAUAGAACCAGAGAGAGAGAGACUCCCUUGCACACUCGGAUGGUGGCAGAAAUUCCACUCUGUAAGUCGCUUUGGAUAAAAGCGUCUGCCAAAUGCAUAAACAUAAACAUAAAUUCCACAAAAAUAUAAUGUAUUUUGUACUUAAGGAGUGCGAGCCAGAAUUUGCCUCAUUUAUUUAUCUGUGCAUGUCAAAAAGAAAUCACAUGUUUGCCACCAAGGUAUUUUUUCCCUCUUAGAUAUUACAAUAGGUUUCAAAAAGUCGUUAGAGUUAAUCUGUGGAAGUUACAAUUCAUAAACAAUAAAGUAGUGUCUGAAUUAAAAAAAGAACCAUGCUGAAGCAGCUAGGUUUCUGAUUAGUGUCAUUUUCAUCCAUCUUGUUGUUAUCAGUUGCUUCUGAAGUGAUACACUUGAGAUGCGUCUGUGCUACAAAUUGGUUUUAAAUAAAUUAUCAUUUCACUUUGGACAACUCAUCUUCCAUCUUCCUGUAUAUUAGUGCAGAAAUUGGGAACCCUUGAACUAAAUUUUCAUUGCAAUCCUCAAAUGACAUUUGAGAUAACUGAAAGUGAAUGAUGGCAUCUUGUUUGACGACAUAUACACAUAUAUAUUUUGUUUUUUAGAAUUUUUAUAUUCUGCGUGAUAACUUUAAAAUGACAAUCUGGUCUUGGAAGUUUUAUUCACAUAUUAUUUGCAUUUGUGUUUCUUUCUGUGAUUUAAACCUAAAGCAUUUUUAGACAUCCAAAUAUGCUUCUCCUUUUUUAGAAAUUAAUCACAAAAUCAGUUCUACAUUCCAAAGUUUUUUUUUAUGUUCUAAGCCUCAGAAAUUUUCCUCCAUCUGUUCGAAAUGUCAAAAUCUGUGUGUAAUUAUGUGUUUAUAUGUAUGAAUAAGUUUGUAAAAUGUACAUGGAGACAUAUUGUAAGAGAAUAUAAGCUCCUGUAUGUAGUCUUAGUCAACACAUGCAGUAGUUUAUAAACACCACAAUUUUAUUAUCUCACACUCCAGUUCAGAUGUAGCUUGUCUAUGCAGUACCACUUCAAUUCUUCUUUUGUUUUUAUGAAUCAUCUGAAGGUAAGGAAUGUUUGUAUGAAUGAGUGCAUUAACGAACAAAGGUUCAUAAUAAUUUCAAUACCAUGACAAAUGGCAAAAUGGUGUUGUAAUUCCCUCAUGUGUUAUGUAUGUAUGGAAGACUUUAUUCACGUACUACUUGAAUCAUGUACUAUACUGUAAAAACAUAUAUUAUUCAUCUCUGUAAAAAGUGUUAUGGACAAACAAAUGAAAAAUUAAAUUUUCAAAA